UUACUUAAUAAUUUUAGCUUUAGUUAUUUACCACAAAAGAUAUGAAAUAAAACCUGAAUACACUUCGAUCACUAUAUAUAAGAUUUUGAGAAGCAAUAUCUAUAAAAUACUGAAGACUACCUACAAAGAAAGAAAACAAUCUAAAACAAGCUUGAACAUACUAACACAAUAGCAAUUCGGUAGUAAUAGACGGACAGAUUUAUCUACAGAAGAAAUAUAAUAAAUAAAUAACGAGCUUUUCAAAUCAAUCAGAAACAGUAGAAAAAAUCAACUAAUAUGAAUAAUAUAAAAGAAGAUUCUUAAAAUAAAUGAACUAAUAGAUAACCCUUUAAAAUCUUGAAGAAUUAUCUAAAUAAAUCGAUUAGAGACGAAAAAAAAUGUUGCUUCUCCUUUUAAAGAAAGCGUGAAUCUUUUUGGGCUUUUGCAUCUGUUGCUACUUCUAUUGAAAGUCAUGCAAGUUUAUAUGCAGGAGAAUCGAAAGUAAAAACUAUUUUUGUUUGUUUAAUUUUUUUAUUUUCUUUUAUAGGUUCUUUCUACUUAAUAAUUAGUUGAAUGUAUACAUAAUACUUUAAAUUAUGGAGGAGGAGAAGGCUGUUAGGUAGCUAUUGCUGAAUUAGUUUUCAAUUAUGUAUAAUUAUAUGAUUUAACUUCAGAAUCUAAAUAUCUUUAUACUUCUUAUUAAGAAUAAUAAUCUUCUUGUUCUUAAAAUUCAAAUGCUACUAAUCCUGAAGUUACGUUAGAUAGCUAUAUUAAAUUACCAUAAAACAGUUUUGAACACACCUUUUAAAUGUAAUAUAUUAUUAAUUUUUGUAUAUUUUUUUAAAAAUUAUGAAAUAGGAGUUUUAAGGUUGUAAUACUAAAGAAAAUAUUGAUAGUAAUUAUGUAGUUGUUUUUUUCAGAUAAAGGACUAAUCCUAAAACAGGUGAUUAUUGACUUAGAGAAAUAAAUGGGGAGAAAAUUGAUAUAUUGAAUUAAAAAGAGAAUCUAAAGAUUUAUGUUGUACUGAAUUUUCUCACCUUUGGAUGAAACCAUAUGUUCAAGAGGAUCUGAUAAUUAGAAAGUUUGUAGUUAAUGUGGUUUGUUUUUUGAUUGAUGUUAGUUAUCCUCUUGGUGUAAUAGAUAUUGGGAAAAGAAUAGAAUAGUAUUAAUAUAGAUUUUUUUACUGAAAAAAAUAUUAU